UAACAAAUUCAUUGCCUGCUCACAUGGCAGAAAUGGUACCCAACAACAACAAAAAUUGAUGAUUUUUGAAAAAUCACCCAUUUUAGAAAUCAGCGGUUUCUGAAAAUAUCGACAAGGAAGAAUCAGCAAUGUUGCCAAACAUCAUCCUAGACCCUUGUUCGUAUGGCCAGUUAGGUGGCUUCUUUCCCUUGUACGAUGAAUCUUCAACAAAUUCCCGCCAUUUGACAGCAAGUAAAGAUCCCGAUAAACUCGUCUAUACUCUGGUCUUACCUCUCAAAAUCCAACUCAACUGGGAGCCUGGCACUCAUGAGCUGCAGAAUACAUGUCUUCCCCACGGUUUUAUCUCCAUCUCUUUCUGCAAAUUAUACAAGCAAAAAUCUUAUUUCCGUAAGUCCCAGACCUCGAUUUUCCUUGAAUCGCUCAAGGCCUAAUACACAGCUCUCAUGGAAGAAAACCCUUAAACCAUUGAAGAGGAGGAAGUUAGAAAUUCGGAGUUCGACACAUGAUCCCGGUGAAACGGGAAGAUGGGGGAAGUUUGUUCCGAAAGGAGCAGUAGCAGAGAAAAUUUUUAGACUAAUUUCCGGUGCAACUUCCAGUCCCAUUUGCCAGUUCGUAUCCUCGCCCACCACGUUUUUGCAUUCGGUCGACCCCAGAAUCAAGUUGGUAUGGCUUCUGGCUCUUGUUGCUUUACCUGCCAGAUCACAUAUAGUUAUGCGCUUUGGAUUAGUCAUAUAUUUGGCUCUUCUAUCAAUUUGGAUUCUCCCUAAGCAUGUGUGGAUGGAUCAAUUGGGAAGAGUGGGCCUUCUCUCUGGGUUUUUAUUUCUAAUGCUGGGAUUCGGCUCAGAUGGUGUGCCUCCUCUGGUGCAGUUAAGAACCCCACCUGCAGCUAUGGUGGGAUUACCUGAUAUCCCUAUGUCUUUGGGAGGUUAUUCAUAUUUGGUUAUGAAACUAGGGCCACUACAGCUUACGAGGAAAGGCCUAUCAGUAGCAAGCACAUCUGCAUGUCUUACCUUCACUAUCUUUCAAAGUGCGAGCCUCUGCUUGACAACCACAACUCCAGAGCAACUUGCAUCUGCUUUUGGGUGGUUUAUGCACCCCUUGGCGUGCAUUGGUGCUCCAGUGGCUGAAAUUAUCCUUACCCUACUACUUUCAUUGAGGUUCGUCAAUCUAGUUUUUGAUGAGGUCCGCAAUGCUGCAUUGGGGAUUGUAGCUCGUAGGAUAAAAUGGAGGCAGUUGACAGUAAUGGAAACUAUUGAUAUUUAUGUCAUAUAUGUUCGUCGAAUCUUCAAAAAUAUUUUCAGUCAUGCUGAGCAAAUCUCCCAGGCAAUGAUUGUUAGAGGGUUCCGAGGGAAAAGCAACUAUCACAAGAUUUAUCUCUUAUCAGACUCAUCAGAUUCAUCCCUUGGGAUGGAAGAUAUAAUUUCAUUGUUAUGCCUUGUUGCUUUAAUAGGUGGUGCUUUUCUGUCUGAAUUCUUUUUAACCUGAUUCUGGCUUAGCCUUGGUCAACUGUACCUGCCAGAUCGUAUAUGCCAGUGGACGUGCAAAAGAAAAAGAGUAUGCCGGACAUAUACAAGACAAUCUGCCUUCUAAGUAUUAUGAUGAAAGAAGCAUCGGACCUCAGUUUCUUACAGGGAGCAAAUUGGUGAUAAUUUGAGAAUCCCCUAAAUGGGCAUUUCCAGUCAUUUAACUGGAUGGCGCUUAACUUAAUAAUUUGCAUCAUGAUACAUCCGAAGAUGUAUUAUUGACUUUCAUCUAUUCACAAAAUUACGUGUGGCAUUUGAUUACUGUAUAAUGUCAGAAGUGCCUUUUUUAUUUUUUAUUUUUGCAAAAUUUCGUUGUCAAGUAUUGGAUGAUAUGCAAUUUUAAAUUGGGCCACAAAGUGGCUGCUCUCAAAACCUGAAACCACAUUCUUAUGUUAGCCACAGAUCUUACCAUUGCAGGCCCCUACUGAUAUGCAAUUUUCAUUGGUUAAAGUGCACCGCCAUUCCUAAUUGUAAAGAGAAAGCUUUUGUUACAUUCAAAGCUGAUGGAUCAGAACAUUAAUCUUACAGGAGGCCAUUUGGAUUAGCCACAUGUGUGCAUCACUGCUUAGCAUUACUGUAUCUUGCACUUUUCCUUGGAAACAUUGGUCUUUGAAUAUUACUGAAGUUUCUGUUUUUUUUUUUUUACACAUACAAUAUUGAAAAGGGUUUUAUAUCUUUUACCCA